AUGUCAGACAGCGAAGUCGACACGUCAUUAGUGGGACUCAGCUGGGAAGUAUGGCGACGUGCUACACACUUAGAUAGCACAGUCGUCACCCCAAAAGUACGUCAUGAUGUAGCUGCAAUGCCUUCACAAAAAGCAAUUUGUUAUGGUUUCUGUCCUAGUAAUGAACUCGGGUCCAUGACACUUAUCACUUGUGAGAAGUGUGGCAUGGUUUUGAAAGAUGUUGGGUAUGGAUAUCAUAUGCGUUCUCAACAUGGGUACGAGGAUUCAGAUUCUGAUGACGAUUGCCAAUCAUUUCUGCUUUCACCUCCUCAUCGUUCCGUCUCGCCAUGUCUUGAAUCGCCCAUUCUUUCACCUCCUUAUCGUCGAUUAUCCAACCCGGUUGUAUCAUCGAAAGAAAGCUCAGGUCGAAAUGGAAAUAUCAUUUCUCAAGCUACCUCAACAGGAUACUCCGUUAAACAGAAAAAUAAUCUCAAACUUUCUCUACGAGUGUCGAGGCGUAACGCGAGAAGUGAGGAAAAUGUAACAAAUAACUCAACUAAGCAUCAUGGUGCCAAGAAAGUCGAUAUUACCACCAAAGUUGACAAGCACCUAAAUGGUGCAGUUGUAAAGAAGAAAGAAAGGAAACGAAAGCGAGAUUCAUCCCAUGAAGAUAACUUUUCUUCGGAACAUUCCCGACAGAAAAAACACUCAUCUGUUGAAAGGCAAUCUGACAAUAAAGAGAGUGAACCAGUAUCAAGGCAUCUGCAGAAUAAUGGGGACGAUAGCAAGUUUGAUAACGAUGUUUAUAUUGGUAGAACGCCAUGUUCUCAACAUAACUAUUCUCAUGAAGUUGAUUUAGACGUUCCUGCUAUGGGCCGGACGAAUACUGCUUCUCCGUCUUUACUAAAAGAUACAAAUGUACAACUAGAAAGUGUAUUAGAGGAAAAUGACAGCAUAGAAAGGUUAGAAGGUGAUGGUAGGACAACGUAUGAUGCGCAUACACGGAUAGAAGCAGAAAGUUGUUCUGGACAAUGUGACAGUGAUUUGGUUCUGAAUUUUGCUGAUUCGUCUGGCGAUUUGGGACCCUAUUCAUGGUUUAGCUCAGAAAAAGAUGUACUGCAACAGAAUUGGGCUGAAAAUACAGCACUUUUGGAAGAUCCAAAUAUGGAAAAUCACUUAGCUGAAGAUCCCGACCUAAAUCGAUUUUAUGUGCCAUCACCUCCUCAUCUUUCUCCGGCACUGAGUGGAAGAUACAGUACAAAUUUGUUUGCAACAUCUAAAGUCACACCAGAUGAAGUUUGUCAUGAUCAAAUGCAAGGAAACAUGGUGCAACCACGUGAAAGAAUUAUUCCUGUUAGAUAUGGAGUGGUCCCACAACCUUCAUCUUUAAAUGCAAAUCAGGAUUUGAAUAUGUUUGACGACGCUCUUCGUGAAGAAAGGUACGUGGGUAUAGACAGUGAGGAACAUGUUGAUCCUGAAAGUGAUGGUCAUCUAAAAACGUUGCAUCACAAUAUCACGGAAAAACUUGUACCUAUUAAGCCAUGCUUAUAUAAUUAUCCACAACAAGAGAUCUUAGACGAUAAUAAAAAUGGAUAUCUGCAACAAGAUCAGUUUGAUUACAUGGUUAAUGAUUUUUGGGGCAAAUCUCCUCAAAUGGUACAGCAGACUAUAUGUCUUCCUCAUCAGCAAGCUCAUCCAAGAGUUGUUUCGGUUGCUGUCGUACCACAGAAAAAAAAUAUGCGGAUUUGUUCUUUAAUACUAAUAAAUUUUAGCAGUGUAUCAUGUCCUGAUGAUUAUAUCGAUCCAGAACAAAAGAUUUAUUACCCAAAUGCUAGGUUAUUGACAGUACCAAUCAAUGGAAGAACGACUGUAGGUUACCCAUCUCAAACAAAAUUUCCUUCUCCCGAUGUUUUCUCGAAGCAUAUUCAAGGAGUUAAUGAUUUAUCGAGUUCGGAAAGAGUGCCGCAGGUAUCAAAUUUUCAUUGCAAUAUGAUGGACCGUGUACCUCGUGAAAAACGCACAUCAAUGCAAUCUACAGACGGUAAAACAGAACGAUAUUUGAACCACAUGAACUAUGAUGUGCAAGGAAAUUAUAACCACUUACUUUUGGGAGAAAAUCCAGCAUUAAAAAUUCCUUCAAGUUCAGUUUCCCAACAUCUCUAUAGCUACAAUCAAAUGCCACCCACUGACGUUUGUAGAGCUCGGAGCUCAAGUUAUAUGCCUUAUGUAGCUAAAAAAAAAGUGUCGUCACGUCAUACUGUCCGUUCUCAUGCUAAUUCUGCUGCUCAACGGCCUGUUGCAUCAGAAGUAACUCCCCAUGAGGUUUACGUACCGAUUCAUGGUAAGACAGUGAUACGUCCAGAAUACCGAUAUGUCUAUAUACCAACAAAGUCUUCACGUUUUGCUGAUCGUAGUCAAUUACACCACAGGCAUGGAAAAGAUCAUUCGAAGGAAACAAAUGAAUUUGGCUGUAGGGAGGCACGACGAUUAGAACAUCAAUCUCGUACCGAGCCAACGAUGCGACAAGUUACUAUUCAGAAAGUGCAUCCUGGAGUGUCACAUCGAGUGCGUUCUUCAACUCUAGCAAAUGAUAAUAUGCGUUGUGUGAAACGUACUACACAUAAUGCUCAUCACUUUGCUGCAACUGGUAUUGAAGCAAACACUUAUCCAGUGGAAGCGAGCAAUUGUGGUACUAAUGUUAUAGUUCAUGGAAGUUCCAAAGAUCAUUUGUAUCAGAGUCAGGGUUUACGUUCUUACCCCAUGAUGGGUAGUAUGCAACGAAAUAACAUUGCAAGUAAAAGCAGACAUAAGUCGAGUUGCAACUCAUGUCGAGUUCAGCAGCAUACUGAUUCUAGGCAGAUGCAUAAAACAAAAGUUAUUCAAGCUGAAAGUGGGGCGCAAAAACUGUUUGGAGCUGAUCAUGUUGGUACACACUUAAUGAAAAAUGGUAUGAAAAGAGAUUGCUCGUCGUUCACAUCAGUGGAGAAUCAUCCGAAUGUAGCUGUCCCAACUGCUCAUCUUCGUAAUGCUUCUCAUACUGACAUUCGUAGUGAUAACGGUCGUGCUGUUACUAUUGUUCCAGUACCGGUACUAAAGAAGUGCUCAAAUUCAUCCCAUUACAAGGACAGUUACGAGGCAAUUAUUUCAUCCUCACCAGCUAGUCAUAAUAUUAUUCCUCUUACAUCUUUCACUUCGGGUUCACAUACCUAUUGA